GAGGAAUUAGUCUUAUACCAGCAAACAUAAACAUCAAAUACCAAAACAAACACAAGUCAAUUUCAAUAUCACCCGACCAUAAACUAGAACCGGCGAACUCAAAUAUAAAUUAUCUAAGAAGAAAGUCUCUGACUCACGUUUGCAUAUUAAAUAGGGAUAUAAUAUGAACUCAAACGUGCGUUCCAUUAGUUUCUAAAGAUUGUAUAAAGAUUUGGUCUUUACUCUUAACAAACAAAACAUUUCAGUCUGAGAAAACUCUUAACGUUUUUUUGUAAUGGCAACACCACCGUUAACGCCAAGAAUGAUGACUCCAACAACAAUGUCGCCUCUCGGGAGUCCAAAGUCGAAGAAGUCAACGGCGACGGUACGACCGGAGAUCACGUUGGAGCAACCAUCUGGAAGAAACAAAACAACCGGCUCCAAAUCGACGAAACUCUUCCGACGUGUUAGGUCUGUGUUCAGAUCACUUCCGAUCAUGUCUCCGAUGUGUAAAUUUCCCGUAGGAGGAGGAGGAAGACUCCACGAGAAUCACGUUCAUGGAGGAACACGUGUCACGGGAACGUUGUUUGGUUACCGCAAAACGCGUGUGAAUCUAGCGGUUCAAGAGAAUCCGCGUUCUUUACCGAUUCUUUUAUUGGAGUUAGCGAUUCCAACGGGGAAACUUCUUCAAGAUCUUGGAGUCGGUUUAGUGAGAAUCGCGUUGGAAUGCGAGAAGAAACCGAGCGAGAAAACCAAAAUCAUUGACGAACCGAUUUGGGCGUUGUAUUGUAACGGUAAGAAAUCUGGUUAUGGUGUGAAGAGACAACCAACGGAAGAGGAUCUUGUGGUGAUGCAGAUGCUUCAUGCUGUGUCGAUGGGAGCUGGUGUUUUACCGGUGAGCAGUGGCGCGAUCACGGAGCAAAGCGGCGGAGGAGGAGGAGGACAACAAGAAGGAGAUUUGACGUAUAUGAGAGCACAUUUCGAGAGAGUGAUUGGGUCAAGAGACUCCGAGACGUAUUACAUGAUGAAUCCUGAUGGGAACAGUGGACCUGAGCUUAGUAUCUUUUUCGUGAGGGUUUAAUAAAACGACGUCACUUUAGGGGAAACAUAAAAACUUCAUUUUUCUCUAUUUAUUUUUCCUGUUGAUUUUGUUUCUUUUGGUAUUCUUCUUUUCUAAUUUGGUAAAUUAUUCGAAAUGAUUUG